AUGGAACCUGGAAAUCACACACGUUUUUCAAAAUUCAUCCUCCUCGGACUCUCACAAGAGGCAGACCUUCAGCCCAUCCUCUUCGGGCUGUUCCUGUCCAUGUACCUAAUCACUGUGUGUGGAAACCUACUCAUCAUCCUGGCCACCAUUACUGACUCCCACCUGCACACACCCAUGUACUUCUCCCUCUCCAACCUGUCUUUCUGUGACAUCUGUUUCACCUCCACCACCGUCCCAAAGAUGCUGCUAAACAUCCACAUCCAGAACAAAACCAUCACCUACGAAGGCUGCCUCACCCAAAUGUAUUUUUUCCUCGUUUUUGCAGAGUUGGACAUCUUCCUCCUGUCUGUGAUGGCCUAUGACCGGUUUGUGGCCAUCUGUCACCCCUUGCACUACACGGUCAUCAUGAACCCCCAGCUCUGUGGCGUGGCGCUGCUGGCAUUCUGGAUUUUUAGCAUCCUGAAGUCCUUGCUCCAGAUUUUGCUGGCCUUAAGGUUGUCUUUCUGCACCGACAUGGAGAUUCCCCACUUCUUCUGUGAAAUCAACCAGGUCGUCCCCCUAGCCUGCUCGGACAGCCUUUCCAGUGUCAUCGAGAUGUAUCUCACCGCUGGGCUGAUGGGUGUUAUUUCCUUUUCUGGGAUCCUUUACUCUUACUCCAGGAUCGUCUCCUCCAUCCUGAGGAUUACAUCCACCAGAGGGAAGUAUAAGGCGUUCUCCACCUGUGGGUCUCACCUCUCUGUUGUGCUCUUGUUUUACGGCACAGGUCUUGGGGUGUACCUCAGUUCAGUCACUACCCACAAUUCCAAGGCCAGUGCCGUUGCUUCAGUGAUGUACACCGUGGUCACCCCCAUGCUGAACCCGUUUAUCUACAGCCUGAGGAACGAGGACAUCAAGAGGGCCCUGAGACGUCUUUUUGGCAAUAUUAGGAGUAUUGGCCUUGAAGCUUGA